CGAAGAAGAAAACUUGAUGAACGAAAACCAUUGGUUAAAAUGUUUGGAAAAUGUGUGUUUUCAUAGGUUUUAUUUUUUGUUCCUACUUUAUAAACAAUAUGUGGCAAUGGUAAACUCCACGAAAAGCGACAUGUUUAGGGAGUUCGCCUUACCACGUUAGCAUGCUAGCCGUGCGUCUGGUUUUCACUCUUUGCUCAACUUCAACCGCUGGCGGAUAAAAUGUUUGUUCGACGCACUCUUGUGGACUGUACCGUGCUGUCUCUACAGGAUCUCUGUGUGUUUUAUCCAUGCUGUAACGUCUGCUUCUGCCGAAUGGAUGUGGAGCCACAGGACACGACGAGAUCCAGAUGUUCCAGGUGCGCUUACAGCUGUUUGAGGGAUCAUCUGGACUACAGAUAUCGCCUUUCACUGUUGGUGGCCAGGGACAUGAGCAUAUUUGGUGUCACAGUAUUUGGGAGCUGCCUGAACCCGUUGUUUGGCAUCCCUGCAACUCAAUUUCAAAGGUUGUUGGAGAACUCAGAUGUACCACCUGAACCAUCAACCAGAUCCAAAUUGCUAACGAGGGCCGUUGAGGACUGUUUCGUCGGAAGACAUCUUGUCUUUGGAAUAAAGGUGACAGAUUCACAAAGUUGCCCCUGGUCAGGAGAUAGUCAUCCGGGUGCUUCUGGUAGCAAGGAGAUGGCCCAGUUUACUGCCACUCAGCUGAUUUUCCCAAAAGCUGCAGGCCUGGAAGGCCGCUCUGUCCUGAGCUACUAUCGACUCCUCCUUCAAAAACCAGAAGAACGUCAGCGGGAAUCUGCUGAUCCCGAGAAGUCCUGCGGGAUUCUGACAACACCGCCACUACAGAUUCCUCAAGAUUCCCCAGACAGCAGCUUCAAUAACAUCACUCUCUCUCGUGUUUUUUCACACUCACUGCAAAGGUCGCAACACCACGACGGUAGUCUCACUCCAACACCGCCAUGGCAACAAUCACUGGGACUCAUUACUUCUUCUGCCGAGCAAGAGCGGGAGGAGGAAGACGGCUGCACACGUGAUGACAACAAAUCAACUGCCAAAGAGCAAAGACAGAACACUUAUUUUGACACACCGCCAUUUUCUCUAUGCUCACCAGCCAGAAAUGCUCAAAACGCCUCCAUCUUGGACCAUUUGACACCCUCCCUGCCUUUACUUGUGAACAAUCCGCUUGUGUCAGAAUGUCAAACCUCCAGACAACCGGAUGAUUCACUCGUGUUGGAUUCGUUGGUGUGGGAGGAUUUGCCUUUUUCUGAGAGUCUGACAGCAUUUUUGAAUGAGGAGGAUAAAUAUUUCGACAACUUGCCUAAUGAAUCAAUUUCUGCUUGUACCGACAACACAAAGGCACCAGGAAGCAAGUGUUUAGCGGACGUCGUUACCACUUGUGUACUGAAUGAAGACAGUGAAGAAGUCUACAAUUGUUCUUUGGACCUGUUUGGUAUAAGCUCAGUGGAGUCACGUGAGGAAGACGUACAGCUUCCGAGGCAUCAAAAGUGUGCCAAAAGAGCUCAUAAAACACCUUCUGGAAACAUGACAACAAACUUGGAUUGUCCACAUUGUCUUGACUUCAUCCCAUCCUCUCAGUCCACUCCCAUUGUUAGAAGGACGUACCCUUCCUCCUUUUGCUCGCAACCACUGUCAUCCGCUAGACAUGGAAACUUCUCAAAAAGGCGAGUCAGGAAAAAUCGGCUUGCGAUCCAGGGAAGAAUUCUGAACGGGAAGAUAGCAUGUGAAUGUGACAUGCCUCUGACCCAGGCAGAGGACAACUAUGUCGUUGUCCCUCCGACCACUGCUGAACUCAAGGUGGAAAAUGAGCAUUCUCAGGAAAAAACACUAUCACAUUUAGCACAAACAAAGCAGUGUGACGUACCGGGAGAAACACAGUUGGAUCAAACAAGUAAUGAGAUGACAGCUAAUGGUUCCCCAUUUAAGAACCAAACAUGUGAUUGGUCUCGAGAUCUGUUCUCAGAUUCUGUCUGAAAACCUCUGUCCGCGUCUCUAUUUAACAGAAUGAUGGGCCACAAGCUGAUUUUAGCAAUGGACAUGAUAGUACUGUGGAACCUCAAAUUCAAACGCAUUCCAUUCAAGGACACUUAUCUGCAUGUUUUGUUCAGUUUUAACCAUAUGAAAUGAUAGAAAAAGAGUCACAACCCUAGCCAUCAUCACAACUUCAUUGACUGUAUAGCCCAUGUUUUGAGUAACAUUUGAACAUUCUUUAAAUGAAAUGAAUGCUCAAUGAAAAUCUAGCCAUAAAGGUUAAGUCAGAAAGCAACCUGGUUGGUAUAUUCAAGUCAUCCAUGUGGGGGGGUUGCUGUUGUGAAUGUGAAUCAGCUUACUGUUUUUUUUUUUCUUUUCUCACAUUCUUAGGCUGCACCAUUUUAUAUCCUUCCAUCCAUCCAUUUUCUUCUGCUUAGCCGAGGUCGGAUCGCGGGGGCAGUAGCUUGAGCAGAGAAGCCCAGACUUCCCUCUCCCCAGCCACUUCAUCCAGCUCUUCCGUGGAGAUCCCGAGGCAUUCCCAGGCAAGCCGGGAGACAUAGUCGCUCCAGCGUGUCCUGGGUCGUCCCUGGGUCUCCUCCUGUUGGGACAUGCCCAAAACACCUCACCAGGGAGGCAUCUCCUGGAGGCAUCUCCAAAUCAGAUGUCCGGCUCACCUCAUCUGGCUCCUCUUAAUGCGGAGGAGCAGCGGCUCUACUCUGAGCCCCUACCGGAUGACUGAGCUUCUCACCCUAUCUCUAAGGGAGAGCCCAGACACCCUGCAGAGGAAACUUAUUUUGGCUGCUUGAUGUGACAGGAACGUAGAUCGAACUGUAAAUUGAGAGCUUCACCUUUCAACUUAGCUCCUUCUUCACCACAACGGACCGAUACAAAGUCUGCAUCACUGCAGACACUGUACCGAGCCGCCUGUCAAUCUCCCAUUGCAUUCUUCUCUCACUGGUGGACAAGACCCCAAACUACUUAAACUCCUCCACUUGGGGAUCUCAUCCCCGACCUAGAGAGGGCACUCCACCCUAUUCCGACUGAGGACCAUGGUCUCCAAUUUAGAGGUGCUGAUCUUCAUCCCAACUGCUUCACACUCGGCUGCGAACCGUUCCAGUGAGAGUUGGAGAUUCUGGCUUGAUGAAGCCGAGAGAUGGCAGAGAUGCAAUACUGACGCCACCAAAGCGGACUGCCUCUGCGCCUCAGCUGCGCCUAAAAAUUCUGUCCAUAAAAGUUACGAACAGAAUCGGUGACAAAGGGCAGCCUUGGCAGAGUAAAACCCUCACCGGAAACGAAUCCAACUUACUGCCAGUAAUGGGGAUCAAACUCUGACACUAGUCGAACAGCCCGUAUCAAUGCGUUCGAUACCCCAUACUCCCAAAGCACCCUCCACAGGACUCCCCGAGUGACAUGGUCGAAACUCCCGUGCACCCCACUGUUCCACGGCCAGGAUAAAAACCACACUGCUCCUCCUGAAUAUCCUGACGGACCCUCCUCUCAAGCUCCCCCUGAAUGGACCUUACCAGGGAGGCUGAGGAGUGUGAUCCCCCUGUAGUUGUAACACCAAUCCAGAGGCACUGUCCCCGAUGUCCAUGCGAUGUUGCAGAGGUGUGUCAACCAGUAUAGCCUCACAACAUCCAGAGCAUUUAGGAACUCCAGGUGAAUCUCAUCCACCCCCAGGGCCUUGCCACUGAGGAGCUUUUUAACCACGUCGUUGACCUCAACCCCAGAGAUAGGAGAGUCCGCCUCAGAGACCCCAGACUCUGCUUCCUCAUUGGAAGGUGUGUAGGUUUGAGGAGGUCUUCAAAGUAUUCUUCCCACCGACUAACUGUCCCGAGUUGAGGUCAGCAGCGCCCCAUCCCCACUAUACACAGUGUUGAUGGUGCACUACUAUUUCUUCGAAGCCGUCCGGAAGUCGUUCUCCAUGGCCUCACCAAACUCCACACACACCUGAGUUUUUCCCUCAGCUACCACCAAAGCUGCAUUCCACUUGGCCAGCCGGUACCAAUCAGCUGCCUCAGGAGUCCCACAGCCCAAAAGAGUUCGAUAGGACUCCUUCAGCUUGACAGCAUCCCUCACACACCAAUGUCCACCAAUGGCUUUGGGGGUUGCCGCCACGACAGGCAGGACCGACCACCUUACGGCCGCAGCUUUGGUCGGCCGCCUAAGGUAUGAAGGCGCCGAACAUGGUCCACUCGGCAAAGUUGAGCAAGGUUCUGUUGGCCCUGGGAGUUGAAACUCAUUCUGACGUGGGAUUCUGCCAGACAAUCCCAGCAGACCCUCACAAUACUUUUGGGCCUGCCAGGUCGGACUUGCAUCUUCUCCACCAUCGGAGCCAACACACCACCAGGUAGUGAUCAGUUGUCAGCCCUGCCUCUCUCUUCAACCGAGUGCCCAAGACAUGGGGCUGCAAGUCCGAUGACACGUCCGCAAAGUCGAUCCUCGAACCGCGGCCUAGGGUGUCCCGGUGCCAAAUGCACAUAUGGACACCCUUAUGCUUGAACAUGGUGUUCAUUAGCACCCCCUCCAAGGACUCCAAAAAGGGUGGGUACUCUAAACUGCUGUUUGGUAGCACAAACAACAGUCAGGACCCGUCCCCCCACCCGAAGGCGGACGGAGCCUACCCUCUCUUCCAGUCCUGGUACCAGUGGUACCGGGACUGGAAGAGAGGGUAGGCUCCGUCUAAAGAGGACUGGUACCAGAGCACAAGCCAUGUGUGGAGGCGAGCCCGACUAUAUCUUGUCGGAACUUCUCGACCUCACAAACCAGCUCUGGCUCUUUCCAUGCCAGAGAGAUGACGUUCCACGUCCCGAGAGCCAACCUCUGUAGCGGGGUAUUGGCUCGCCCAGGUCCCUGCCAUCGGCCACCGUCCAGCUCACAUUGCACCCGACCCCUAUGGUCCCUCCCACAGGCGGUGAGCCCAUGGGAAGGGGGACCCACGUUACCCUUUGGGGCUGUGCCCGGCCGGGCCCCAUGGGUGCAGCACCGGCCACCAGGCCCUCGCCUUCGAGCCCCACCUCCAGGCCUGGCUCCAGAGAGGGUGACCUUUUUGACCCGCAUCUGGGCAAGGAAAACUGAUGUUCAUUUAUAUUAAUCAUCAUAAAGGGUUAAUUUGAGCCGUGCUUUGUCUGGUCCCUCGCCUAGGACCUGUUUGACAUGGGUGACCCUGCCAGGGGCAUAAAGUCCCAGACAGCUUAGCUCGUAGGAUCGUUUGGACACACAAACCCCUCUACCACGAUAAGGUGAUGCCUCAAGGAGGAUCUUACGGAAUAAGUGUCUCAAAAAAAGCCAAGUGUAUCGUUUCGAUGCUAUCUUAACUGAGGCCUUGUGAUGUAUACUGUGGCCAGUGUGGCUUUUACAUUUUGUGGUACUAUAGUCUACAACAUUGUGAUCGGUUUAGAAACUGUGUGACUCUUCACCUUUGGAGGUACCAGUGUGUGAACUCACAGAAAACAAAGUCAGGUGGGAUCGGCACUAGUUCACCUGCAACCAAGCAAAUGAAAAUGGAUGGAUGUGUUUAUUUAGAUGAACACUGCACUUUUAUUCCUAUACUUCUCAGAUGUUUCAGGUAAUUAAACUGUUAUUGGUGUGAGUGAGAGAGAGAGAGAGAGAGAGAGAGAUGAUGAUCACAUGCUACAUCAUGACUUAAUGCUCCCUCUUAUUGUGUAACUGUCCCAUAAGCUGCUUCAUUUUAGCCAGUUUGGCUACCUGUUUGAAUGUUAUUAAACAGAACAUGC